AUGAGGAAGGCACCAUGACAAGAAAGGGGGAAAGACAAAAAGAGAGAGAGAACCAUGAGACCUUUUUGCUAUUAUCGAGGAUUCGAGUGGAUAAAGCCUUGACAAAGUGACGUGAAGCGUUCAUAUAUAAAAAAGUGUUUUUUUCAUUUUUUAUUACUUUUUUAUUUUGUUUUUUUCUUUCCCUUCUUCAACAUUCAAUAAUAAACAAUGGAAGAUCAUUCAGGACAUGGUGGACAUCAAAUGCCUUCAGGCCCCACUUGUAAAAUGAAUAUGCUGUUUAACUGGCAAGUAGAAGAUACGUGUGUUGUAUUCCAAUGGUGGCAUAUUUCAGGACCAUGGAGUCUAUUAACCUCUUGCAUUGCUGUUUUCAUUAUUGCUGCCUUUUAUGAAUGGAUACGUGCUUAUGCCGCCGCUCUUGAAAGCAAUUGGCAACAAUCUGCCCUGUUUCAAAGAAAUGGUAAUAGUCAGUCCAAUGAAGAAGAACAAGAACAAGAGAAUGUGGUCUAUGCUUAUCAGCAAUAUACAAGGUUACUAUCAAACAAGAGAGAAUUGGCUCGAUCAGCUAUUUAUGCUAUUCUAGUUGGAAUUAGCUUUUGGCUGAUGUUGGUCUUUAUGACCUAUAAUGGAUAUCUCAUGAUCGCCACUGUGUUAGGUGCAGGCUUUGGUCAUUACUUCUUUGGUAAUGGCAAAUUAGGAGUAAACAAGUCUAUUCAAUGUCAUUAAUAAUAACAAUAAAAGAAAGAAAAAAGAGAAUAUUUA